AGUGCGGGGUCACAUGACCAGUGGGCCAAGGAGUCGCUGGUGAAGAUGGGGAUGGGGCUCCUGGGUCUGGUGUGGGGUGUCUUGCUCGGGGCAGCGCUGGCGGCCUCCUGCGGGUACCAGUCCUGCCCAGUGACGAAACCAGACAUGCUCAAUGUUCAUCUUAUCCCUCAUACACAUGAUGACGUGGGUUGGCUGAAGACAGUAGACCAGUAUUUCUUUGGAGUCAGGAAUGAUAUCCAGCAUGCUGGUGUGCAAUACAUCCUAGACUCCGUCAUACCACAGUUACUAGCUGAUCCCAGCAAGCGCUUCAUCUAUGUGGAAGUGGCAUUCUUUGCUCGCUGGUGGGGUCUGCAGACCGAGAGCAUGCGCCAGGCUGUGAGACAACUUGUUGCUGAAGGGCGCCUGGAGUUUGUGAAUGGUGGUUGGUGCAUGAAUGAUGAGGCAGCUGUUCACUACAGCGCUGUCAUUGAUCAAAUGAGUUUGGGUCUCCAUUUCCUGCAAGAGACGUUUGGCGAGUGUGGCCGGCCUCAUGUAGCCUGGCAUAUUGACCCUUUUGGGCACAGUCGUGAGCAGGCCUCAUUGUUUGCACAGAUGGGCUAUGAUGGCUUCUUUGUGGGCCGCAUUGAUUACCAGGACAAGUUGCAACGGGAGACCUUGCGGGAAAUGGAGCAAAUAUGGCGUGGAAGUGGAAGCCUGGCUCCCCCUAUUGCAGAUCUUUUCACUGGUGUCCUACCAAAUGGUUACAACCCUCCCAUGGCUCUCUGCUGGGAUCAGAUCUGUUCUGACAACCCUAUUGUGGAUGACGACAGUGAAGAGAAUAAUGUGGAGAGCAUCGUGACCUAUUUUCUGGGAACUGCAGCUGCUCAGGCAAAGAACUAUCGUACCAACCACAUUGUCAUGACAAUGGGAUCUGAUUUCCAGUAUGAGAAUGCCCUCCUGUGGUACAAGAACCUGGACAAGUUGAUAAAGCACGUCAAUGCAAAGCAAGUGAGUGGGAGCCGUGUCAAUGUUCUCUACUCUACUCCAAGCUGCUACCUGUGGGAAUUGAACAAGGCCAACAUCUCAUGGACUGUGAAAUAUGAUGACUUCUUCCCAUAUGCUGAUGGCCCGCACCAGUUUUGGACUGGCUAUUUCACCAGCCGACCAGCUUUAAAACGUUAUGAGCGGCUCAGCAACAACUUUCUGCAGGUCUGCAACCAGCUGGAAGCACUAACUGGCACACAAGCAAACACAGGGCCUUACGGCAAUGCUAACAGUUCCAUGCUGCGUCAAGCCAUGGGAGUUGCUCAACACCAUGAUGCAGUGAGUGGCACAGCAAAGCAGCAUGUGACCAAUGACUAUGCCAAACAGUUGUCUGCUGGUUGGGAUGCUUGCCAGAUUGUGGUCAGUAAUGCCCUUGCCAGUAUUGUGGGCACCAAGGAGAACUUCAUCUAUUGCACCUAUCUCAACAUCAGUGUCUGCCCAUUGACUGAAGCUGCCCACUCUUUCAUUGUGAUUGUCUACAACCCUCUGGCUCGCCCUGUGGACUGGAACAUCCGACUGCCAGUCAAUGGGAGCCAUUACUCCAUUUUAGCUCCUGAUGGACAGACUGUUCCAAAUGAGGUGAUCCCUGUGUCGAGUUUCACUCAGGCUGUGCGACAUCAUCGAGGUGAUGCUGUCAAUGAACUAGUAUUCCGAGCAUCUGCCCCACCACUGGGCUACAGCACCUAUUCCAUCUCCAGACUGCCUGGCCAGGAUCCAGCACGUUUCAAAGUGCUGAAAAUGCUGCAUGACCAGCCUGGAACAGAGCACCUUUCUUGGUCCAUUGAGAACCAGCAUCUACGGGUUCUGUUUGAUCCCAGAACAGGACUCCUGAAGCAGAUAGAGAACCUGGACAAGAAUAUAUCUUUGCCAGUGUCCCAGAACUUCUUCUGGUACAAUGCCAGUACUGGGAAUGAAGAGAAUAAGCAGGCAUCUGGGGCUUACAUUUUCCGCCCCAACACCUCUGAGCCCUUCAUCAUUGCCAAGGGAGCCCACUUGAACUAUGUAAAGACUGAAGUGGUGCAGGAGGUGUACCAGAACUUCUCAGACUGGUGCUCCCAGGUGGUGCGCCUCUAUGCUGGACAGCCAUAUGUCGAGCUAGAGUGGACGGUGGGGCCCAUCCCAAUUCGAGAUGGUCUUGGCAAGGAGAUUAUCAGCCGCUUUGAGACAAACCUGCAGACAGACGGGAUCUUCUACACAGACUCCAAUGGACGUGAGAUCCUAGAGAGAAGGCGCAAUUAGGGCUACAUGGACCUAAGCCAGACUGAGUCUGUGGCUGGCAACUAUUAUUCGUGUGAACAGUCGCAUAUUACUAAAGGACAGGACAUCCAGUUAACAGUACUGACAGACCGCUCACAAGGAGGCAGCAGCAUUUUUGAUGGCUCUCUCAACUUAUGGUAAGCACAGCAAGUUGUACAUCGGCGGCUGCUGCAUGAUGAUGCCCGGGGUGUAGGAGAACCACUGUUGGAACCUGGUGAUUACCGCAAUGGGCUAGUGGUACGGGGUCGACAUCUCAUCUUCUUAGACACAGCAGAGUCAUCAGCUGAGCAACACCGAUUGUGGGCCCAGCAGGAGUAUAUGGCACCCCAGCUGGUGCUAGCACCAGGUGGUGGACCUCCAUACCACCCUGACCAGGACAACCUCAAAGAGUACACUGCUCUGAACUAUGCCCUCCCUUCAAAUGUCCACUUACUCACAUUGGCCCAGUGGGAACCUAACUCCGUUCUCAUCCGCCUAGAACACCAGUUUGAACAUGGGGAAAGUGUCAAUAGCUCUAUGCCGGCUGUCAUUAACUUGCAGAACCUGUUCUCUUCUUUCAACAUCAUCAGCUUGCAAGAGAUGAGUUUAGCUGCUAAUCAGAAACGGGAAGAGAUGAAGAGGUUAAUCUGGCAGUCAGCUAAAGGAGCAGCAGAACAGAAACCAAACCCAGCUAGUCUAGACCCAACUCAGAUCACACUACAACCAAUGGAAAUCCGAACCUUCCUGGCCCAGAUUCAGCACCAAGCCAGGCCUGGGAGAAGAGUCUGAGGAAGCAAUUAACAUCCUGCCAGUUCAGAUGUUGCCUCAAGGAGAAGCAGGGAAUCGGCAUUUCCCUCUAGGCCUUUUCAAGAUGGACCAAGUUUUCUCAUUGCUUGUGGAGAGAAGAUUCUUGAAGGCUGCUUCAGAUUGUAAAUCAAUUAAGGGCCGUAGGACCCUCUUGAAUUCUGCUGAUGGAAAAAAGGGAUCAUUGUUAAAAUGCCUUCCUAGUCCUUCCCCGCUUCCCCCAUAUGCAGAGGGGUAAGUGGAGUCGGAGUAUUUGGGCUACCAUAAGUGCAAUCAUUUACUUUGGAAUAAACCACUUCUUUAAAAACA